CCGUCAAUUUCUCGCGAGUUUCGGACGAAUUGCAAUUGUCUGUAAAAUAUACAUGUAUGAUAAUAUUCAAUGUUUAAGUGUUUCUCUUGGUGUAUUUUUGGCGGGCACAUCUGGCUGAACUCUUGACAUGUUUCCCGCCUUUCGGACGCAGUUGCCGUUAGUUACUCGUCGGCAAUGUUCGUCCGUUCAUCAGAUCUUGUGGGAGCAUAGCACUUGUUCGCCGAUAAGAAUGGAGGAUCAUCAAACACAAGGAAGAUCGCGUCAUGGAUGGCACGUGAGGGCGCGAGUCGCGAUAAUGAUAUUCAUCUGCGUGGCCGUUAGUUCAAUGAUCAUUUACUGGUUCGUUAGUUCGAUUAUAGAAAAUCGGCGGAAUAGUAAAUACAGGGGCUCGAUCGAUGGAAAAUCUCAUAAAAUGGCUUAUUUGGAGAGGCUAUCCGAUCAAGUUUUACCGUUGGAGUACACCUUGAAAAUAAUGCCUAUAUUAGAGGAGAAAAAUUUUACGAUGAUUGGUAUCGCACAAAUUCAAUUUUAUUCCAAGAUUUCGACCAAACACAUACGUUUUCAUGCCCGCAAACUUCUCAUACAAAAUAUUACCGUGAAGGAAUAUCGUUCCUCGAAUUCAUUGAAGUUGAUUUACAAAUACAUCGAGACGGAGAAGGAUUUCAUCGAUGUGUAUUUUUCGCAAUUAUUAAUAGCCGGAGAGACUUACGUUUUGGAUGUAAAAUAUACGAUCCCAUUACAUGAGGAACCGAUGGGAUUUUUUAGGAGUUCAUACAUCGACCGUGAUACUAAUGAAACCAGAUGGAUAGCAGUGUCGAAUUUUUCCCCCAACUACGCUCGUACAGCCUAUCCAUGCUUCGACGAGCCGUGGAUCAAGACGCCGUUUCACAUUUCAAUCGCCAGAAAAUCCAACAUGCGAUCGCACUCGAAUUCAAUGAGAAAUGUCACCGAAGAAAUUCGUGAUAUGCCAGGAUAUGUUUGGGACCAUUAUGAGAAGACGUUACCAAUGUCCACUUACUUGGUCGCCUUCAUGGUCACCGAUUUCGUGAGUUACGAAAUUGCUGUCACCGAUCGACCGUCACAUACGAUAUUUUUGAGAAAAGAUGUCGCAAAUAAUAUAAAAUAUAUCGGCAAUUUAAUACCAAAAUUGCUUCGUUUAAUUCAGAAUUUUACCGAAUUUUAUUACGAAUUGGACAAAUUGGAUGCGAUUGUGGUUCCCAGCUUUGCUUAUUCCGCGAUGGAAAAUUGGGGCCUUAUAACAUUUCGAGAAGAUUCCAUCCUCAUACAAGAAGCUGACGGUAUCGCUAACGUUAAAAAAGAAUUUGCUAGCAUCGCAGCGCACGAAGUCGCCCAUCAAUGGUUUGGUAAUCUUGUAACACCGAAAUGGUGGGAUGACGUAUGGUUGAAAGAAGGAUUCGCCUCAUUUUUCGGAUAUUUGGCAUUAAGCGUGCUUGAGCCUGCAUCUUGGGAUUUGCAGACCAGCUUCCUGAUCGAAUGCCGCGACAUGUUUGACAGCGACGCCGAUGAAACGGCACACCCAUUGCAUAUUGAUUUGAGCGAACUGAGCUCGCUCGCUGAUGUCUUCGAUUUAACGUCGUACGUCAAGGGUAAUUGCAUGGCGCACAUGAUCUAUCAUUUUCUGGGUGAACGGAUCUUUCUGUCGGCUGUGCGCCGCUACAUACGUACAUAUCGCAGCGCUAAUCAAACGGAUCUCUGGAGCGCUUUUCAGGGUGAGAUCGAUGAAGCGAACGGGCUACUGGCUUCCUCGGGGCUCCGCAUGAAGGACAUUAUGCGAACUUGGACGUAUCAGGCAGGCUUCCCUGUCUUGCACGUCCGACAGAAUCGUGAAACCGGUGUGAUCGAGUUUACGCAGAAUCGAUUUUAUCAUUAUGGCCUAAAUAGUACCAGCAAAGAGUUAUGGCAUAUCCCGUUGACAUGGACAACCGAAAAUGAACAGCAAUUUGGUAAUACCUUGCCGAAGGCAUGGAUGGUCAAGAAACACAUGAAAAUUAACGACACUGCUCUUAGCCAGGCGACUUUCAACAAUCACUGGAUUCUGUUCAAUAUCAAUCAAACAGCUUUAUAUCGUGUCAACUACGAUAUAAAGAAUUGGAAAUUGUUAACGAAAUCCUUCCGAGCUUUGCCGAAAGUAGCAAAAGUGCAAGUGCUGACCGACUCGUCUGCGAUGGUUAAUGCUGGACUGCUCAAUAAAAGAAUCAUGUGGAGUAUUCUUGAGAAACUGGAAACGGAAAGCGAAGAAAUGUUGUGGACACCCGCGAUGCCUUUAUUGACUACCAUCCAGAGCCGUCUUUGGGACUCGAGCAUAUUCGAAUUGGUGAUGUGCAAAUUCAUAGACAAGGUAUACAGUAAAAUGGAACCGUCGUUGGUUCAUAAGGAUCCUUUGUUGUGGACAGAAUUCGAGGUCAAUGUAAUGAAAUCGGCAUGUUUGGUAGGUCAUCGGGCAUGUUUAAGGACAGCUCUCAAUUUCACAGACAAAAUGCUACAAAGCGAAUCGUCAAACUCUGUUCCAGAGAAAUUUCGUAGUUGGAUGUAUUGUACAUUUAUGAAAGUUGCCACGGAUAAACAAUGGCUAGAAUUCUUGAAGAGAUAUAACGAAUCAGCUGUAUACGAAAAGGAAAGUCUUGCCUUUGCAUUAGGAUGUCACGUUAAUCCGAAUCUGUUGAAAAAAUAUUUGCCUAUGAUAUUUUCACAAAAGAAUACGCCUAAACUUGCUUUAGAAAAUGCUCUAACAUCCGUGGUAUUAAAUCCAUAUGGGUAUCACGUUGCAAUGGAAUUUCUAAUUGAACAUUGGGAUAAGUUUAAUGCGAAUGCAAUAGAGAAACAUAAUAAUUACGCGAAUGUUGUUCUGAUCAAUAUAUUCCAUGUCUUUGCGAAACGUAUUCAUCAAGAAGAGGACGUAGAAUGGCUACGACGACUAAAAGGCAUGAGCAAGAAAUACGACACUGUGAUCGGACGGGUUAUUAAUAGAGCUCGAAUCAAUGUCGCGUGGUACGAAAAAGAAAAAAAUGAGACAUUAAAGAUACUGAAGGAAAUUUCUAUGAGACACGCUGAAACGAAAUAUUGCAGGAAGCAGAAUUAACUGUGUUAAAGAUUCAUGCCAGAAUCAAUGUCAGCUAUAUAUAUGUAUAUGCGAUUAUAAAAGAUCAACAAAACAAUCAUAAAUAAUUUAUGAAACAUUUAAUUGUGCAGAUGUUAAUGCCAAGACA